AGCAUCAUGGCGUCGAGCGGGGGAGAAGUUGGGUCCUUUUUCGAGCAUCAUGUUCAGAAGGCUGUCUGUGACACGCGUGCCAAGUAUCGGGAGGGGCGACGGCCUCGCGCUGUCAAGGUAUAUACAAUCAAUUUGGAAUCUCAGUAUUUAUUAAUACAAGGAGUUCCUGCUGUGGGAGCAAUGAAAGAACUGGUAGAACGAUUUGCUUUAUACGGUACAAUUGAACAAUAUAAUGCUCUAGAUGAAUAUCCAGCAGAAGACUUUACAGAAGUUUAUCUUAUUAAAUUUCUGCAUUUACAGAGUGCAAGGAUAGCCAAGAGAAAAAUGGAUGAACAGAGUUUCUUUGGUGGAUUGCUUCAUGUGUGCUAUGCUCCGGAAUUUGAGACAGUUGAAGAAACUAGGAAAAAAUUACAAGGGAGAAGGACAUAUAUUGCAGGAACUACUAAAAGUAAAGACCAAUACAUGAAAAGGACGAAAGUGAUAACCGCUCAUAAAGACACAAAGGAUUUUAGACAGGACUUCCACUCGGAGACACCUGCACUCUGGGCGCCGUUGAAUCCUUCCAGGAGCUCGAAUCCUCAUUCGCGUGAAUUGCCAUUAUAUUGUUAUUCACAGUGUACAUGUUCAUCAGGAAAUUGUAUGGACAGAGCAUCAAACUCCUCUCAGGAUGGUAGAAACCAUGAUGAAACAGAGCAUUAUAACUGCUUUAACUCUUUGCAGAGAGAACACGUGAAAACUUUUAAAAAUGCAGGGACCUUUUCAGGUGCACAAAAGCUUCUUACCACAGAAGCAGUCGACAGAUUCAUGCCUAGAACAACACAGCUGCAAGAGCGGAAAAGAAGAAGAGAAGACGAUUAUAAACUUGGAACUCUUCUUAAAACAAGCAGCAGUGAUGAAGUUCUGAUUGGGCCUCAGUUACCAGACAUACCUAAAGUAGAUAUGCAGGAUGACUCACUGAAUACAACAGCAGAUUUAAUUCGGAAUAAACUUAAAGAGGUAAUCUUACCCUUGCCAAAGCCUUCAGAAGACAAACCAGAAGAUGUGCUUAAAAAUCAUCCACGAAAACAAAGAAGAAGAAUAUAG